GCUCACAGCCCUACGCCAUAGCAACAGUAUCUUCAGCGCCCACCAUUACACACACCCACUACGCCUUAGAGCAGUAACGGCCUGUCAGACCCCCGUAGCAUGAGCUCGCAAUCCUCAAAGCCCCGUCGUACCUCUACCGUCGCGCACGAUCCCUUGGCAACACCUCAGGUUUACUACGGAGAGAGCCACUCGCGCAAGCAUGCCAGGGCACGCACCUACUCGGCUAACGUAGACCGCUCUGCCCGCAAUGCCUCGUUGUCCGAGGGCGUGUCCCAGGGCCGCCGUAUCAACGAACAAUCUCUCCAGCCCCGCCGCUUCCUUGUUCAGGUCGAAGAGACCCUGAAGACGCUCCUUUCUCGAGAGGACUCGGACGGAAACUACCAGAUCACAAUCGACGACAAGGGCCCAAAGGUGCUGUCGCUCGGUACCCUGGCAUCCAAUGCCCACAACAAGUUCGAUGUGCGCGGCACAUACAUGCUCUCCAAUCUGCUGCAGGAGCUCACCCUCGCCAAAGACUACGGCCGCAAGACCAUUGUCCUCGACGAAGCGCGUCUGAAUGAGAACCCCGUAAACCGCCUCUCACGACUUAUCCAGUUCUCCUUCUGGGACGGCCUGACCCGCCGCAUUGAUGGCUCCAACAUUGCCAAGGUCGGUGUCGAUCCCAAGGAUUGGACAGACGACCCACGCCCUCGUAUCUACAUUCCUCCCGGUGCUCCCGAGCAAUACGAAUAUUACACUCGCAUCGCCAGGGAACAUCCAGAUAUGCGCCUCGAUGUUCAAUGGCUGAAGGAGCCUGUCGACGAUGAGAUGUACGUGCGUGACCUGAAUAAGGCACCAGGUCUGCUCGCUAUCGCCAUGGAGAAGUGGAUUGACCCCGAGACCGGCAAGGAGGAUCUGAGAGGUCUUCCAUUCGUUGUGCCUGGCGGCCGCUUCAACGAAUUGUACGGCUGGGACAGCUACAUGGAGUCGCUUGGUCUUCUGGUCAAUGACCGUGUUGAUUUGGUGAAGUCAAUGGUCAUCCAUUUCUGCUUCUGCAUCAAGCACUACAACAAGAUUCUCAACGCCAACCGAACGUACUAUCUCUGUCGAUCGCAACCGCCAUUCUUGACAGACAUGGCUUUGCGUGUCUAUGAACGCAUCAAACACGAAGAAGGCGCUUUAGACUUCCUCAGGGAGGCCAUUCUCGCCGCUAUCAAGGAGUACCACUCGGUAUGGAUGAACGCCCCUCGACUGGACCCGGAGACUGGUCUCACGCGCUACCGACCCACGGGUAAGGGCGUGCCACCCGAAACUGAAGCUUCGCAUUUCGAGCAUGUUCUUGAACCAUUCGCCAAGAAGCACAACAUGAGCUUCCAGGAGUUCGUCGAGGCCUAUAAUUACCGCAGAGGUGUUGAUGAUGAGACUCUCAAGGAACUGGAUGAGUACUUCCUGCACGACCGCGCUGUGCGUGAGUCUGGACACGACACAUCCUACCGUCUCGAGACCGUCGCUGCCGAUCUAGCAUGUGUCGAUAUUAACGCCUUGCUAUACAAGUACGAGGUCGACAUUGGCCGUGUUAUUCGGAAUCAUUUCAAUGACAAGCUCGAGGUCCCAGAAGGGUUCCUAUGUGCUGACAUGAAGCCUGGCCACGUCGAGCACUCUGCCGCUUGGGAGCGCCGUGCCAGAGACCGACGCAGAAAGGUUGACAAGUACCUCUGGGAUGAGGAAGCUGGCUUGUACUUCGACUAUAACACUAAGAAGAAGGAACGCACCAACUACGAAUCCGCGACGACGUUCUGGCCCAUGUGGUCAGGUCUUGCGACACCACGCCAAGCUCAAACUCUUGUGGACAAGGCUCUGCCGCUGUUUGAGGUCUUUGGCGGGUUAGUCUCGGGUACUGAGAAGUCCCGUGGCAAGGUUGGUCUCGAUCGCCCUAAUCGACAGUGGGACUACCCCUUCGGCUGGGCACCACAGCAAAUCCUGGCCUGGGUCGGUCUGCAGCGUUAUGGCUUCGACGAGGAAGCUCAGCGACUUUCUUACCGAUGGUUGUACAUGGUUACAAAGGCAUUCGUUGACUUCAACGGAGUCGUCGUCGAGAAAUACGAUGUCACAAGACAGAUCGAUCCCCACAAGGUCGAGGCUGAGUAUGGUAAUCAGGGCAGCGACUUCAAGGGUGUGCCUCGUGAAGGUUUCGGCUGGGUCAACGCCAGUUACAUCUACGGCAUGACACUCCUCAGCGCACACCAGCGUCGUGCGCUUGGCGCUCUCACCAAAUGGGACGACUACGAGAAGGCUAUGUCUAACCUUGGUUUGGCUUGAGCGCUCAUACGUUUUAACUUUCAAUGUGUGCUUGCUCGUUGGCGUUUGAGAUACUGCAGAACUGCAUGCUUGCUUGUACAGUGUAUAGCGCUGCUUUGAUGUAAACUUAGAAGCCCUAUGAUCAACGAACAAUUUUGAUAUUAUGGCCAUCGAUCGAUCUGCUA